AAACGAUAAGCCUUAAAGUACAUAGAAUAUUCCACCUAAACUGCUAACAGUUUCGUAGUAGCACACCUUGUCCUCUCCAAUUCCAUCCUAAGCAAACUAAAUCUAGGUAUCGAAAUCUAUUCAGCUUUCAUUAGGAAUUCCGAACGACAACACCUUCUUUUUAGUCGUAGUUAUAAUAAUCUAUUCAAUGUUGGUCAGAUAUAUCUACCCAAUCGAGUUUCUUCGUUUUCUAUGUUCCCUCCACGAUUCGGCAUGAAUAAUUCUCUAUUACAUCUGUUCAGAUAAUGAAUCAUUGAUAUUCCAUGGUGUCCACAUUUGUUCAUGAUUUUCCCACUUACUUUUUAUGAUCAAGUUUGGAUGAGAAUUUAAACAGCUACAUAUCUCAAUUUGGUUGUUUUCAUCUUUUCAUUUGCAUUUACCAUGAAGAACCAACUUGGUGGAAUCUCUUUGAUUCUAGGACUUCUCUUCUUCUUCAUCUUGGUUUUCUUCUUCAACUCAUCGUGCACUUCGAUUAACGGUAUUAGUAGUUUCGGUUGUCGCGGUUUUUUGAACUCGACCGCCUUGGAAGAUGAUUCCGCAACGUCUCUCAAGCACCUCGCAUUCGGGUUACAAGGGUCCGAAAAGACGUACCAUUUCCGGAGAUACUACGUUGAAUCAUGGUGGAGGCCGAACGAACUUAGAGGGUACGUUUAUCUUGAUAGAGCUCCUCAAGGUGACCUUAUUCCAUGGCCAAAACAUUCACCGCCUUUCCGAGUCAAUGACAACAUCACCAAACUGCUAGACGAGAUCAAACCGGUCAACCCUCUUAUGCCCCGAAUGGUUCAUGGGAUUUUAGAGUUGUUUCGUGAAGAACACAAAGAUCUUAGGUGGUUAAUAAUGGGAGAUGAUGAUACCAUAUUUUUUGUGGAUAAUUUGAUUGAAGUGCUUUCGAAGUAUGAUCAUAGAGAGUAUUAUUACAUUGGAAAUCCUUCUGAAUUUGUUUUGUCCAAUUUUUGGUACAAUUUUAAUCAAGCUUUUGGCGGUGGUGGAAUUAUUUUAAGUUACCCUUUGGCCAAAGCACUUGUAGAUAGUAUGGAUCUUUGCUUAAGGAUGUAUUCAAAUCUUUCCGCUGAUUUGAUGACAAUGGCUUGUUUAGCUGAUCUUGGAGUUAAUUUAACUCCCCAUAAAGGCCUUCACCAGAUGGAUCUAAGAGGUGAUGUAUCAGGUUUCUUGUCGGCACAUCCUAAAGAUCUGGCAUUGUCGUUUCACCAUAUUGAUUCGGUAGAUCCAUAUUUCCCUUCAAUGGAUCGCGCGAAUUCAUUGAAACACCUAAUGAAAGCCAGCAACGUUGAUCAAUCGCGCUUGUUUCAACAAACCAUAUGUUACGAGAAGGCAAAAAAUUGGUCAUUUUCGACUUCUUGGGGCUACUCGGCACAUAUAUACGAGAAAAUAAUGCCUCGUAGCUGGCUAACAAGGCCGAUUGAAACAUUCAAGACGUGGCAACCUAGCCCGAACCCGCCCCACUACAUGUUCAAUACCCGAAACCCGUCCAGUAACCCUUGCGAAACUCCUCAUUUGUUUUUUCUUGAAUCGGUUAGGAAAACUUGGGGUGGUCACAUUCUUACAAGAUAUUCGAGGUCAGCUCCGAGGAAUAUACCAGCUUGUGCUGUUACCGGGAACCAUUCUGCUGAAGUUAUCUCCAAGAUCGAUGUGAUUUCGCCAGCGACUAAGCGUUACGAGAUUGAUAGAUCGGAAUGCUGUGAUGUUGUUCGUGUUGACAAUGCGGGCAAGGUGGAGAUUAAACUCAGAGAGUGCAGGACUGGUGAGGUUAUUGCAUAGAAGCUCUUCAAAAAAUUGUGUAUAUUUGUAAAACAAAAUCUUUUUACUGAAAAAAGAAUUCCAAGUUUAGGUAUUCUCCGAGUACAUUUCACAAAUGAAGGUGGAUUAGAAGUGAUGUAUUAAUUAUCAUUUUUUGAAAUGAAAAUUAACAACACUAUCAAUUGAACUUGGAAAUGAAUUCUAACCCAUGGGAUAAUUA